GUAGUACAGCUAGUAAUAAUAGUACUGUACACGUCUCUCCGACGUCGCCUUGCGCAUAUGCCAAUCCUGAGGAGAAGCAGCCAACCAACCAACGACCGCCCGACGCCGCGACAACCUCGAUGGAUAUUGUCACCACCUCCAACUUCCACGCCACGCUACUGCCAGGUCUCGUGAGUGUCGUGUUCGUGCCGGCUGAGCACAUCCGCCACGGCAGCUGGCCGCUGCUCAAGUGCGUGAGCUGCUAAUGUGCGCGUACAAAGAGGGCAACGCAGUCCGCCGCAAAGACCUUAAUCUGAUAUGUUGUGUUUGUUCCAGUCUGUUGCUGUAUAGUGGCUGCAGCUUUGACGAGAAUGAGGGUGGCUGUGUUCGUACUGAAAGCCACGUGUGUCGCUCCAAGCAGACCGAGAUCUUCUCCAUUGUAUCUGACCGUGAGGGCACCACGCUCUUCAUGGAUCCCAGCGGCAUCGACAUGUUCAAGCGCGCAGGCAUGGAGGACUUUAUCACCGUCGCGCCUCAAUCUUGGCGAGCCAUUCAGAUCCACUUGGGACCGAUGGUCGCAGAGUUCCCUGGUGUCGUGAGUUUCCUGUCCAAACUGCUGGCCGACGACCACAUUAGUAUCCUCAACAUGAGCACGUACGACACAGACGUUAUCUUUGUCCAAGAGCUCCACCUGGAGGCAGCUAUCUCGUGUCUACAGUCCAAGUUGUCGCGAGGAUUGCACGGCUUGAAGGAGGCUAAGGACGCGGAAAAUGCACUCUCUGACCGCGAAAUAUCACCAAAUGACGCUGCGGAAAGCAGCGGGGAGACUGUGAGCGCUUCUCGUGUGGGAGACGGCCAGUAUCUCACAGUGUACCCGGACUCACUUGUCCUUGUGAGACUUCAGAAGGACGCACUUCGGGCCAGUGCCUACGGACUCACACAACUCGUGUUGCUAUCUACUGGUUCAGCUUCAACCGAAGGUGACGGUGAACCGCUGGGAGAGACAGAGGAAAUGUCUUUCUGGUGCUUAUGCGAGACAGCAGAGGAGGUGAGCCUCAUCAUGGACGAGCGCUGUUUGCCAUCAUUCGAGAAGGAGUCGCUGAUCGUCUCUCCCGAUCGAUGGCGCGCGAUCAAGCUUAGUGGACGCGCUUACGGCUUCGAUGAGACGGGUGUAGUGGCAGUGAUGUCAGGCUGCACCACGGACGCGCAGGUGCUCAACGUGAGCUGCUUCGGGUCGAAUGUUGCGUUUGUGCUCGACGACAUGCUGAACGAUGCAAUCGAGACGCUGUGCUCGUCAUUGGACAUCUCUCGAGUGGAGAGAUGAAUGUUGUGGCACUGCAAGGAGAAGAAAAAGCCAUUUACACGUCGCUGUUGCGUGGUUGAUACCGUGGGAAAACAGGUAUACAGUAUGAACUUGAGGGAUAGUAGCAACGGGGCCAUUAUUGCGGUAGACGAACUUCGUCGCUUGCGUUUUUUUGCGAGGGCCCCCCAGGAGAAUAUCAAGAGAAAAGCACACUUUGUUCAACAAGCACGUGUCAGUUAUUGACAAUCACCCGUCAGAAGUACUUGACCUGUAACG